AUGACAGGUGGUUUGGUGCAAGAGGAAAACUUCCUUAUACUACCCACUCCAACCCCUGCCGUUACGUUCAUUCUGACUUUCGUGGCAAUGCUCCCCGCGUUAUGGUGCCUGCUACGUAAGGGGUCCUCCGCGAAUUCGAAAGACUUCGUUAGGUGCAUCGUACUGUGCGCUUUAAGUUCCUUCAUGUUCGGCUGGCACGUGCACGAGAAAGCCAUACUAACCGCGAUUAUUCCUUUGUGCGUCCUCGCGGCGACACGCGCGGAAGACGCGCGCGUAUUCAUUAUUCUAAGCGGUGCUGGACAAACUGCUCUUUCGCCACUGCUGCAUCCCGAUAACCUGUCUAGCCUGAAACUGCUGUUGUCGCUGGCGUACAUGCUUUCGUCGAUCUUGGUCUUGACUAAUCAGCACGGCAGGUCCCUGUUACGAUUGCAUGAGUGGCUGUACGUGGUACCGCUGCCGCUACUUACGAUCUACGAAGUGGUGCUGCAUAAACUGUUGCUCGGCGACAAACUGCCGUUCCUGCCGCUGGCACUUACUUCUGUAUAUUGUGCCGUCGGUGUGACUUAUUGCUGGAUACUGUACUAUUUCGUGUAUCUGCAGAACGACACUCGUGACAGAACAACGGGAGACAAAUUGAGUCGCCAAAGAUUGAGGCACAAGCAAUCCUGA